UCUUCCAUUGUGCCACCAAACAUUUUGCCUUAUAUAUUAAUUCCAAAGUUAAAAUUUUGUGACAGACCAUAAUCUCAUAUCUCUCUUUCUUUUUACAGAGACCUAAAGUUUUGUCAAGUUCUUCCCUUUCCAUCUUCAUCUUCUCUUUCUUUCAACUACAUUUUCCCCCGAUCUUAUAUACAAUACAUAAUUAAAACCGCCUAUAAUUAAAUGGCGGUCACGGCGGCGACCAUGAUUGUGUGGCGAAUGCGCCUAGGCUUAGCUCUACGAGCGGCUUUGGCAUGUGGCAUAGUCGGCGCCGUCACGGUUUUCGGCCCAGCACCUGUUAGACGGUUACUGGCCUUCUCAGCUUUCUCCUACUUCACCACCAUUUCUAUAGUACUUUCCGACGCUGUUUCCCUCGGUGACGCUGUGAGGGGUGUGUGGCACGUGAUGUGGGCAGUGGUGUUUGUGGUCGUCUCGUCUCUGCCGUGCUUGUGGCUGAUCGGACCGGGACGGUUCACCAGUGCGGCAUCGGCGGCGGUUGCAGUGGCUGUCAGUGCGUUUGUGGUGGCCCUGCCGGAGCGGACACACUUGCUGACGAAGCGAAUCGCGUUUGGACAGCUGGUGAUUGUGUACGUUGGGACAGUGAUUCACGGCGGUCAGAUCAGUUUUGUUAAGCACCCAAUACGUGUUGCGUCUAGUACGGCUGCCGGAGCUCUGGCCGCCGUCGCCGCCAUGAUGAUUCCCUUUCCACGCCUCGCUUUCUUCCAGAUAAGGAAACUUAGUAAGGGUUAUUGUGAGAAUGGUUGGAAGAGAGUAGAGGCAAUGGUGGAAGGAGUGGGUGCAAAGACCAAAGGAGAGGCAGUUGCAUUUAUGGUUGAAGCCAAGUCUCUAUCAACCAACGCAACUAAGCUUCUUCAAACUAUCAAAUCCAAUAUGAGAGGGGUGAUUUGGGAGAGACGACAAAUGGGCUUCGACGUUGAAGAAAAAUUGGAAGAAAUGGAAGUUGCAAUGAAAGGAAUGGAAGCCGCUUUAACUUCCCCUUCCAUGGUCUUCGGAUCAAUGGACGAACAGCUCUCCAAUUUCCUCAACAAUCUCAAACCCAAAGCCAUCUCAAAGCUACAACAAUUCAAGAUCACCGUUCCUCCUACUUCCACCACCGCGCCGGAGACAAAACCCACCUUCUCAACCCCUUUACCUCUCAAUAUUUCUCCCAUCACCCCUCAGAUUCUUCCCACUUCCUUCUUCUUGCGCUGUAUGGAAAUCCUCCUAUACGACUCAACCGCCGGCCGGAAUCUCGUUUCCGACGUGGAAAUUGGUCGGAGAGUCAACGGAGAAAAAGCAACUCAGUUGGGAGAUCAUUGUACCACAAAAACUUGUUGGGGCACUUUGUCGAACAUGUUGCCUACAAACCAGAGUUUGUGUUUUGCGCUGAAAUGCUCGAUUACAUUGGGGCUUGCUGUGUUUCUGGGAUUGACUUAUACAAAACCAAAUGGGUAUUGGUCAGGAUUGACGGUUGCUAUCAGUUUUGCAACGGAGAGACAAGCUGUUUUUACCGUUGCAAAUGCUCGAGCUCAAGGGACGGCCAUUGGGUCAAUCUAUGGAGUUUUAUGCUGUUUUAUUUUAAAGAAAUAUGAGUAUUUAUGGCUCUUACCUCUUCUUCCUUGGGUUGUUUUUACUAGCUUUCUUGUUCAUAGUAGAAUGUAUGGUCAAUCUGGUGGGAUAGCAUCAGCAUUAGGCGCAUUGUUAGUUCUUGGGAGGAAGGAUUAUGGCGUUCCAUCUGAGUUUGCAAAUGCUAGACUCACUGAAGCUUGCAUUGGAUUACUCUGUUUUCUUACAGUGGAGAUUAUAUUCAACCCAACAAGAACAGCUACUUUAGCAAAAACAGAAUUCUCAACAACUUUGGUGGCACUUGAAGAUUUCAUCAAAAGGGUAAUCCUUGUUCCUCAAAAGAACUUGAAUCAUGAAACUUCUAAUUUCGUUUCAUUGAUACAACACCACAAAAUCCUGAAAUCCCAUGUUAGUCAAUUAGAAAAAUUCAUUGUUGAAGCUGGGUUUGAGCCUAAUUUCUGGUUCACACCUUUCCAAGGUGGUUGCUAUGAGAAAAUUUUGAAAUCCCUUCAGAAAACAUUGGAUAUCUUACAAAUUAUGCUGCAUGAAAUAAAGUUUCUGUCUCUAGAACUCAAUAGUUCUGGUCUUAUUGUGAAGGAACUUCAUGAUAGUUUAACUGAAGACAUGGAAAUUUUCAGCAAAAAACUUGGAUGUUCUUUGAAGUUCAUGGAGAUGUUGAGCUCAAUAAAGUCCUUAAAAGAAUUGCAGAACAAAAACCAAAACCAAUGUCUAGAAAUGGAAAUGGGGAAGAAGGGUUCAAAUGAUGGAUGCAAAGCUUUUGCUCUUAUUGAAGAAGAUGUUGAGAAAAUUGUGGGUUCUUUCAGCCAACAUGCUAAUGAAAUAUUGAGCAAAGCUUACACAAACGACGAAGUGGAGGGAAAUUUGAAAGGCCAAAUGACACUAUGUUUGAGUUCAAUUGGGUUUUGUAUGGAAUGUUUGAUGAGAGAAACAAUGGUGAUGGAGAAAGAAGUGCUUCAAGUGCUGAAACUGGAGAAUCCAUCUAUUCAUAUUAAUUUGCAAGAACUUUCAACAAGACUAAACGCUUACUGUACAAAGUAAACUGACUAGAAAUCAAAUCUAUAGUGAUAUACUUAUAAAGAUAUACUGAGUUUACUUUGCAGCAAUUCAGCAAAGUUUAUGGUCUGAGUUGGUGCAAAAGCUUGACAUCCUUCUAUGUGUACUAAGUUCAAAUAAAAUAAUUUAAAUGCCUUGAUUGUUUUUUAAAUCAAAAGGCAAACAACACAUGACA